GAAAACCCGAAGCUAAUGCUAGUCCUUUAUAUUGGGAAGAGACUAACACGAACCCAGGCACAAAAACACAAGAACAAGAGGGUCGUUCACUUUCUUGAUUUCCUUGAUAUCCGGAUGUGAAGAAGAAAUCUGAUCCUGAGUCCCUGACGUGGUCUCUCUCUGUCAGUUUUAUCCUUAAACUUCCAUUUCUUUAUCACUCUCUCUCUAUAUUAAUCCUCAUUUAUCUCUUUCUCUAGCUCCACGCAAAUCUUCCAUAUUUUCUUUUUCUUGAACGCACCUCUCUUUUGGAUAAUUUAUUGUUUCAUCUUUCAGGCUGUUAGAUAUUGACUCCAAUGAAGAUGGAAGUCACAGGGGGCUAAGAGUUACCAAUGGCCUUGACUGAUACUUGGGCAGUGUGUAUGGCAAGAGACUACUUUAGAGGCUUACAAUACACUCUGAAUAAAACAAUUAAGAGGAAUCACCUCAAUAGCAAAAUUUCUGGUAUGGAUUAUGAAUCGGACUGGACAAGACACAAAAAAUCCUCAGCAUAUACGGCUCAAGCAAUUCGAUCUGCAACAUCUUUUAUGCCUUGGUCUUGUAAGAUUCCUAUAGGUGAUGGUUAUCACGAGUUUCUUUAAUUGAACAUCUGUCAUUUGAAAGUUUUUAUACAUUCUUGGAAGAUACUGUAGAUUGAAAACAAUAAUCAUCUACAUGUCUCUUGAUUUCUUGAAAAUGCCGGGUUUUGUGGGUGGAAAGAAGAGAUUGACCAACAUGGACAUGUCUUUCUUAACUUCACUCACCCAAGCUAAGUUAACUUAUUCGAAGAACAACCUUCAGUUACCUUCUCGGGUUGCUGAUGAUAUUGACAGCCCCAUUCUACCUGGGCUGCCAGAUGAUGUUGCAAAGUAUUGCCUUGCACUCGUUCCUCGUCCCUACUUUCCAUCAAUGGGGGCUGUUUGCAAGAAAUGGAGAUCAUUUAUGAAAAGCAAAGAAUUCCUUGUUGUACGAAAACUGGCUGGGUUGCUUGAGGAACUUCUAUAUGUCCUAACUGUGGAUUCAGAAGGAACGCAAAGCCAGUGGGAGGUGUUGGAUUGCUUAGGACAGAGACGUCAGCUUCCACUGAUGCCUGGUUCUGUUAAGGCUGGGUUUGGGGUAGUUGCUCUUAAUGGGAAGCUUCUUGUCAUGGCUGGCUAUUCUGUUAUUGAUGGAACUGGCUCUGCUUCAGCAGACGUUUAUGAAUAUGAUUCUUGCCUCAACAGCUGGAGCAAAUUGUCAAGCAUGAAUGUUGCACGCUAUGAUUUUGCAUGUGCAGAGGUCAAUGGCAAAGUUUAUGCUGUUGGAGGCUAUGGAGUAGAUGGUGAUAGUCUCUCAAGUGCUGAGACAUAUGACCCUGACACUAAAAAGUGGACCCUGAUAGAGAGUCUUCGUCGCCCAAGGUGGGGCUGCUUUGCUUGCAGCUUUGAAGGGAAGCUUUAUGUCAUGGGAGGAAGGUCAAGCUUCACCAUUGGCAAUUCAAAGAAAGUUGAUGUGUACAAUCCUGAGAGGCACACAUGGUGUGAAAUGAAGAAUGGUUGUGUCAUGGUUACUGCUCAUGCUGUGCUGGGAAAGAAGCUCUUCUGUAUGGAGUGGAAGAAUCAGCGGAAACUAGCAAUAUUUAAUCCAGAAGAUAAUUCGUGGAAAAUGGUUCCAGUUCCAGUAACUGGGAGCUCAAGUAUUGGUUUUCAGUUUGGAAUACUUGAUGGGAAGCUUUUAUUGUUCUCACUGGAGAAAGCACCAGAUUAUCAUACUCUGUUGUAUGAUCCUAAUGCUUCUCCAGGUUCAGAGUGGCAGACUUCUGAAAUAAAGCCGUCUGGACAGUGCUUGUGCAGUGUAACCAUCAAGGCCUGAAAUGAUGCAUUGUCUGAGAGACAAGAUUUAGUAGAAAUUUAGAAGGGUAUCUCUACAAUUGCUGAAUAAUAUUGUAUCAGUUGAAUGUGUCUCUACUGGUGAUCGGAUUAUGACUUGGGGAUUUUCCAUUUCAUUCAAUGUAAUAACUCUGCACUGUAGUUCAUUUGAACGUCUUACAUUCUUCCAUGCCCUUUCAAGCAUUUAUGCAUGACAUUUUUCAGAAUUAGCGACCCAGUAACAUGUGACUAUCGUGGUGUCUAUUUUUGGGUUGAUGAGGUGCCAAGGUUCCUCUGGGUAUCCAACCAAUCCCACCGUACAUGAAGCAAGCAAGCAACCAGGCUUGAAGGCAAAGGGACAGGGAUAAUCCUUUAGGAUUUGUUAAAGUUGGAUAUAGCUUGUAAUUUGUGAUUGACAAUUACAUGCUUGUGUGAUGGAAUGAUAUCUAAUAGUUUUUUCUAAUUUAGUUGAAGGAUAAAUUUCCGGAUUAGUUUUGUUUA